AUGAAACGGCAUGAGCACUUUCUGGCUUUGCAACUUGAACUGAAGCCUGGACAAAAGGUUUUGGAUAUUGGAUGUGGAAUUGGAGGGCCACUUAGAGAAAUCGCUCGAUUCAGCUCUACAUCAAUCACAGGAUUGAAUAAUAAUGAGUAUCAGUUAUCAAGGGCUAAGCAACUCAGUGGUAAUACUGGUCUGGAGAGAACCUGCCACUAUGUGGAGCCUAUGCAAUUGAAGCCACUUGCCAUGCACCAUGCUUAUGCUUGCUACAAAGAGAUCUUACGAGUGUUGAAGCCUGGUGGAUAUUUUGCUUCAUAUGAGUGGUGCAUGACUGAAGUUUUUGAUCCCAACAACCAAGAACACCAAAAGAUAAAGGAAGUAAUUGAAUUUGGUGAUGGACUUCCUGACAUAAGAGUGACCACAAAGUGUCUUGAAGCUCUUAAGCAAGCAGGUUUAAUUUUGAGGGAGAAAGAUCUUGCAAUUGAUUCUCCUGUUCCUUGGUACUUUCCUCUGGAUACAAGUCACUUCUCACUCAGUACCUUUCGUCUAACAUCUGUUGGACGAUUUUUCACAAAAAGCAUGGUCAGGGUUCUAGAAUUUGUUGGGUUGGCUCCACAAGGAAGUGUAAGGGUUGAAGGGUUCCUACAGAAGGCAGCAGAAGGGCUAGUCGAAGGUGGAAAGAAAGAGAUUUUCACACCAAUGUACUUCCUUUUGGCUCGAAAGCCUGGUUCUGGCGAUCGCUGA